CGAGGACGGGUGCCGGGACGUGGGAACGGUGUACGACGCAGGCGCGUUUGCUGCGGGCUGACCUUCAGCGGUGGCGGAUUCACCAUGUUCACCAGAACAGGCGUCCUGGUUUUUGUGCCCCAAUGGGGUCAAGUCCGAAACAUGGCAACUCUGAAGGAUAUUACCAGGCGCUUGAAGUCUAUCAAGAAUAUCCAAAAGAUCACCCAGUCCAUGAAAAUGGUGGCUGCAGCAAAAUAUGCAAGAGCUGAGAGGGAACUGAAGCCAGCAAGAGUUUAUGGAACAGGAGCUCUUGCUCUGUAUGAGAAAGCAGAAAUUCAACCUCCUGAAAACCAAGCCAGACACCUGAUUAUUGGAGUAUCCUCUGACCGUGGUCUAUGUGGUGGGAUCCACAGUAAUGUUGCUAAAAGCAUAAGGAAUCAAAUACAGGAAUUGACUUCUGCAGGUAAAGAGAUCAAGGUGGCUACUAUUGGGGACAAGCUAAGAGCACUGCUGUAUAGAAAUUAUGGAGAUAACCUCCUGUUGAUGUUUAAGGAAGUGGGCCGGAAACCACCAACAUUUGGUGAUGCUUCAUUCAUUGCUACUGAGCUCCUCAACUCAGGCUUUGAGUUUGAUAAAGGCUCUAUUAUUUUCAACAGAUUUAAAUCUGUGAUUGCAUACAGGACUGAAGCGCAGCCAGUGUUCUCCUUCGACACUCUGUCAGGUUCUGAGAACAUGAGUGUUUAUGAUGACAUUGAUGCUGACGUUCUGCGGAACUACCAAGAGUUCUCUCUGGUGAACAUCAUUUACUUCGGGUUAAAGGAGUCCACUACAAGUGAGCAGAGUGCCAGGAUGACUGCCAUGGAUAGUGCCAGCAAGAAUGCCGCUGAAAUCAUUGACAAGCUAACAUUGACAUACAACCGCACUCGCCAGGCUGUCAUUACCAAGGAACUUAUUGAGAUUAUCUCUGGUGCUGCUGCUCUGUAACAAUGACGAUCCGGAAAGACCUAAAUGAAAAAGAAUGAAAGCCCCCCUGUUGGAAGAUUAUGAUAUGGAAUUUCUACUGAAUUUGUGGAAAUCUAAAGUUUGUAAAUUAUGAUACAAUAAAACCUGACAGUGAAUGACUCA